AUCUGAAUAAAUCAACCGCGCGUGGACUUUCCGGUGGAUCAAGUCUCUCCACGCGCGCUCGUCCCGCGAACAAAAGGAUGCGCGCGGCCGUCUUCGCGGGAAGCGGCGGCGGGCCCUUUAAGGCCGUUCGGGACUCGUGAGUGACGCGGCGCUGUAAACACGGCGGACGCGCGCGCGCGCGGAGAUGCGUGGCCGCAGCAUCAGCAGCGGAGCGGAGCCGAGCAGCUCUCCGGUUCUCAGCCACCGGGACCGGGACCCGGACCCAGGCGUGCAGACCCCGCGCGGCGCCCCCCCGCACCGGCGCGCGCGCGCUCCGUCCGUCCCUCCAAGUGCCAUGACGCGCGGAACGCAGGGCUCCUCGGCGAACUACGGUGAGCCGUGCAAGUUUGAUCCAAACUUCAAGGGCCCGGUUCAGAACAGGAGCUGCACUGAUGCGUUCUGGUGUGCUUUCUUCGUCAGCCUCAUCCUUGGCUACAUCGCGAUGGGCGCCGUAGCCUGGAUCCACGGGGACCCCCGGAAACUCGUUUAUCCGACCGACAGCCAAGGACAGUUCUGUGGCCAAGGGAACUCCUCAAAUGCAAACAAAGCCAUAUUGUUCUACUUCAACAUGCUUAAAUGUGCCAGUCCCACCGUCUUAAUCGACCUGCAGUGCCCGACCACCCAGCUCUGCGUCUCCAAGUGCCCGGACAGGUUCCUCACUCUUUUGGAUGCCAGGAACUCCAACAGCUGGAAAUAUUACCGACAGUUCUGCAAGCCUGGCUUUGAGCUGGGCAGGAAGUCGGUUGCAGAGGUCAUUCGAGACGAAGACUGUCCGUCCAUGAUUGUUCCCAGCAGACCCUUUCUUCAGCGGUGCUUCCCUGAUCUCAGCAGAAGAAACGGGGUCUGGACUGUAGCCAACCAGACCGUCUUCAAAGACGGAGACAACAACCGGAGAAGUAUCGACGACCUGAAGGAGGCGGCCAGAAGCAUCGCCGGCCUGUUGAAUGUCAGAGACGUGGGAAUGCAGAUCAUGGAGGAUUAUGCAAACUCCUGGAAAUGGAUCCUCAUAGGUCUGGCUCUGGCCACCGCCGUCAGUCUGCUCUUCAUCCUCCUGCUCCGCUUCACCGCCUUCCUGAUGGUGUGGACCGUCAUCGCGUGCGUCGUCUCGGCGCUGGGCUACGGGAUCUGGCUCUGUUACUGGGAGUACAGCUCUCUGAGCAGGAGGUCGGAGGUCAAAGUCGUCCUCUCUGACGCCGGCUUCACCGCAGACCUCAGCGUUUACCUGCAGCGCAGCCAGACGUGGCUCAUCUUCAUGAUCCUGCUCUGCGCGGCUGAGGCCGUCUUCGUGGUGGUGCUGGUGUUCCUGCGCUCCAGGCUGAGCAUCACCGUCGCUCUUCUAAAGGAGGGAAGCCAGGCCGUCGGCUGCAUCGCCUCCACCCUCUUCUACCCGCUGGUGACCUUCUUCUUUCUGGCCGUCUGCGUGUCCUACGCCGCGGUCACCGCCGUCUUCUUGGCGUCUUCAGGGAACGCCGUCUAUAAGGUGGUUCCUUCGGAUGAGCGCUGCGCGUACGCAAACGUCACCUGCAGUCCGAAGAACUUCAGUCAGACCAACGUGUCCAGCGUCUGCUCCGGCUCUCAGUGCCUGUUCGCCUUCUACGGCGGCGAGAGCCUGUACCACCGCUACAUCCUGCUCCUCCACCUGGUCAACCUCUUCAUGCUCCUCUGGCUGCUCAACUUCAUCCUGGCCCUGAACCAGUGCACGCUGGCUGGAGCCUUCGCCUCCUACUACUGGGCUCUGGUGAAGCCCAGAGACGUCCCCGGCUGCCCGCUCUACUCCUCCUUCAGCAGAGCCAUACGGUAUCACACAGGCUCUCUGGCCUUCGGCUCGCUCAUCCUGGCUCUGACACAGAUGGUUCGAGUUGUUCUGGAGUACUUGGAUUACAGACUGAAAGGUUCUCAGAACGGCUGCGCUCGCUUCCUGAUUUGCUGCCUGAGGUCGUGUUUCUGGUGUCUGGAGCAUUUCAUCCGGUUCCUGAACAGGAACGCGUACAUUAUGAUAGCAAUAUACGGGAAGAACUUCUGCACUUCUUCUAAGGAGGCCUUCAGGCUCCUGAUGAGGAACGUCGUCCGAGUGGUGGUUCUGGAUAAAGUCACAGACUUCCUGCUGUUCUUGGGAAAACUGCUCAUUUCAGGAGGACUUGGUGUUCUUACUUUUUUCUUCUUCUCGAGAAGAAUACCGUUUUUACAGGAAGAGGUGCCAGUCCUGCAUCACGUUUGGGUCCCUCUUUUGACGGUGACAUUCGGCUCCUAUGUGAUCGCAAACGCCUUUUUUAACGUCUAUGCCAUCUGCGUGGACACGCUGUUCCUGUGCUUUUGUGAAGACUUGGAGAGGAACGACGGCUCCUCCUCCAGACCCUACUACAUGUCUUCAGGCCUGCAUGAGAUCCUGCACAGACAGGAGCCGCGCGUCAAACCGGAUUCUUCCUCCUGAGCUCGGCUCUCCUGAGCUCCAUCUCCAUAUCUGCUCAGGACGUCUGAGCGCUGGAGAGGAAACGUUUUAGGGCUAAACUCAGAAACUGAUGGACCCCGCUCGGUCCGGAUGGCGCCGACACGGUUUGACCAGACGAGGAGGACUUCCUCUCCUGAGCCGUUUCAGUUUCUGGCCUUUUCACUGUUUUUGUUCCAGUUCUUCUCUGCGUUUUCUGCAGACUCUGCCUUACUGAGGGUGAAUCCACAGGAUCCAUGCACGAACCCAGAAGCAGCUGAGACUGGACGCGAGCGUGAAGGAGGUCUGACUUGUUUGGGCUGGUCCUACAGGAGAAGAAGGGCAUGAUUGAAUCUUUGGAAAAUCGACAUUUCCUCCUCUUCCACUGUGGUGCCGUUUCAGGGUUUCCAUCGUACUCGUGUUUGUAGUCGAGGCGAAACUUUGUGGGAGGUCAAGACUGGAAAAAAGUUUUUAGAUUUUUGAUUCAGUUCUGGACGUUUUCCUGAAUAUUUGCAGGAAACAUCUGAAAACAGUCGCAGGUUUCUGUGCCAAGAUGAGAUAAAAGUACAAAAGUCCUUCUCCGAUCAUCUUCUGAUCUAUUCCCAGUUCUCUCUUCAAUAUGAUAAAUCCUGUUUUUAAGCCUAAACUAAUAAAACUGUCGUUUUCUAGGACAUAGUUUCUGCAGAACGGCAGGAGUUUGUUAAAAUUCCGCUUUUGAUUUGUGGCAUGGAGCAACCCCGCCCCCCAUUCUCUCCCUGUUGCUGAGAGCUGUCUGUUUACAUGCUCUCCCACUAGCUUACAGCCCCUCACACCCCCAACCAGACGGACAAAAAUGGCAUCAAUAUGGUUUCAGUUCGGGUCUAUUUGUAAGUGGAUGUAUCAUAAUGGGGCGGAGCUGAGAGCUUGUGGCCCCGCCCAAAUGCGAUCUUUUUCAAACAACAUUUUUUCUUCUGCUGCUGAUUCACAACGAUUUGAAUAAAGAAAAACGCCAAAGUUUCGUUAUCGAUGUCCUCCAUCAUCAGAAAAUGCCACAAAAACACGUUCAAAACAGUUUUCAUUAGAUCCAUGUUCCUCCUGAAUGAUCUCAACCAACACCAGGAACUUCUCACACCCGGGUUGUUAAAGGAUGUCAAAGCCAUUUUUGGUAUUUUUUUCUAAUUGAAGCUGCAGAUGUUUAACUGUUUUAAUACCAAGCUAACACUGGUGUGUUUGGAGGUGAUCCGUCUUCUUUUUGUACAGAACAAGUGAUUUGAAUCUGUGGAUCAAACAGAAAUGUCAUUUCUUUUUGAAUAAAUAUAAAUGGUUGACGUGUUA